AAAUCAUAUUAUAAUAUAUUAAAUUAAAUUCACAAACAAACAAACAAACAAACUUCAAUAGCAGUAAUAAAAAUUCCCAAAUGAUUUGAUUAAUCAAAACAUACACUUUUUUGCGGAUCAAAGAAACAGAAAAAGCUAGAGCUAAACCACCAUAGAUCAAGACAUCUCUUCUAACCCACCAACCAAUCCUUUCAUUUACAUUCUAUUCUCUACAAAUCUUGCAAUAUAAGCUCAAUUUAAAAUCAAUUUAUUAUCAGAAUCUCUCAAUUGUCGGAAUUAUAAGGGGUCAAGUCAAGUUGUAUUGUCAAAAAGAGUCCAAAUUUGGAGGAAUUAGGGUUUAUUUGGGGUUGAUUUGUUCAAAUGUUAGUUCAAGAUCCAUUACCCACAAAGGGUUCAUCAAAUCCAGCAAAUCAAACAAAAUCCCAGGUUAGAAAUCUGCCGACUUUACAUCCUAAUCGUUUUUCUGAGUCUAAAAACCUUGAUUUUUCAACAUGGGUAUCUGAAAAUCUGUAUAAAAUUGUUACAAUUUUAGUAUUACUUGCUACAAUUGCUGCCCUUUUCUUCCUUAGAAAUGUUGGUGAUACUGCUGCACUACUUUGUUUUGAGACUCGAACUACAGAUCUUGAAACUAUUCAUUUACCUAAAAUUGAUUGGAAUUCAAUUACACCUAUCAAUGAUAAAGUCACUCCAUAUGCAAAUUUUCACUCUGAAAGAUGGAUUAUUGUAUCUGUUUCGGAUUAUCCCACGGAUUCGAUUAGGGCAUUGGUGAAGAUUAAAGGGUGGCAGGUUCUUGCAAUUGGUAAUUCAAGAACCCCUUCUGAUUGGGACCUUAAAGGUGCUAUUUUUUUGUCUUUUGAUAUGCAAUCAAAGUUGGGUUAUAGAGUUUUGAAUUACUUGCCUUAUGGUUCAUAUGUCAGGAAAAGUGUUGGAUAUUUGUUUGCUAUUCAACAUGGUGCUACUAAGAUUUUUGAUGCUGAUAAUAGAGGGGUUGUGAUUGAUGGGGAUAUAGGGAAACAUUUUGAUGUGGAAUUGAUGGGGGAACAAGCUAGGCAAGAGAUUAUAUUGCAGUAUACUCAUGAGAAUCCAAAUCGAACGGUUGUUAACCCUUAUGUACAUUUCGGGCAACGGUCUGUUUGGCCUAGGGGAUUGCCACUUGAAAAUGUGGGUGAAAUUGGGCAUGAGGAAUACUAUACUGAAGUGUUUGGGGGGAAGCAGUUUAUCCAGCAGGGCAUUUCUAAUGGUUUGCCUGAUGUUGAUUCGGUUUUCUAUUUUACGAGGAAAUCAAGCUUUGAUUCAUUUGAUAUUAGGUUUGAUGAGAAGGCUCCCAAGGUUGCACUACCGCAGGGUAUUAUGGCGCCUCUGAAUUCUUUCAAUUCGCUUUAUCAUACUUCGGCAUUCUGGGGUUUGAUGCUUCCUGUUUCUGUUAGUACUAUGGCUUCCGAUGUCUUGAGAGGUUAUUGGGCUCAGAGGCUUUUGUGGGAAAUUGGAGGUUUUGUGGUUGUUUACCCUCCCACUGUUCAUAGAUAUGAUAAAACUGAAUCGUACCCUUUUUCGGAGGAGAAAGAUCUACAUGUGAAUGUCGGUCGUCUAGUUAAGUUUUUGGUUUCAUGGAGAUCACACAAGAACAGGUUAUUUGAAAAGAUUUUGGAACUGAGUUUUGCUAUGGCAGAAGAAAGAUUUUGGACCGAAAAAGAUGUGAAAUUUACAGCUGCUUGGCUUCAAGACUUGCUUGCGGUUGGUUACCAGCAACCAAGGCUAAUGUCUUUGGAGAUUGAUCGCCCUCGAGCAUCUAUUGGUCAUGGUGAUAGAAAGGAAUUUGUUCCGAAAAAGUUGCCAUCAGUGCACCUUGGGGUUGAGGAGAUAGGUAGCGUGAACUAUGAAAUUGGAAACUUGAUUCGUUGGAGGAAGAACUUUGGAAAUGUUGUGCUAGUUAUGUUCUGCAGCGGCCCUGUUGAACAUACUGCCUUGGAAUGGAGAUUACUUUAUGGUAGAAUCUUCAAAACUGUUAUAAUUUUGUCUUCGGAAAAGAAUCAAGAUCUUGCUGUUGAUCAAGGCCAGUUGGAUUACGUCUACAAGCAACUUCCUAAGAUACUGAAUCGAUACUCAAGUGCAGAGGGAUUUCUUUUUCUCCAAGAUAAUACUAUCCUUAAUUACUGGAAUCUAGUACAGGCUGAUAAGGAUAAGCUAUGGAUCACUAACAAGGUGUCAAAGUCGUGGACUCCCGUCUCUACCAAAAAUGGUGAUUGGUUUUCUAAACAAGGAGAAAUGGUAAAAAAGGUUGUCGAGUCUAUGCCCGCGCACUUCCAAGUAAACUACAAAGAAGCCGCAAAGAGCCAUGAAGACUUUAUUGUAUGCAGUUCCGAGCUAUUCUUUGUUCCAAGGAGAUACGUGGAGGAUUUCAUCGACUUAGUUGCUUUGGUAGGCAAUUUAGAGAUCCAUCACAAAGUUGCAAUCCCGAUGUUCUUUCUAUCGAUGGAUUCACCUCAGAACUUUGACCCAAUCUUCAAUACAAUAAUUUAUAAAAAGAAACCACCAUCCGCAAACACUACCUUGUACUCCGCUCAAGCUCCGGCUAUUCAUCCAUGGAGUGUGUCAACCGAACAAGAAUUCAUCAAGCUUAUUCGGGUAAUGGCUGCUGGGGAUCCUCUUCUUAUGGAGUUGGUUUGACGCGAAAAACAGGUUCGUUCUCUUGUCAUUAAAGUAAGUAAACAGCAUUUAAGAAACAGGAUUUAGAAAAUCAUAUGUAACUCUAUAUAAUCAACACUUUUCUUUUUUCCUGCUCUCGAAGGGGGAGGAAAUUUUGUAAAUUUUUCUUAUGAUUCAAAUUCAGGGAGUGAAUAGUACAAAGAAACCUGGAAGAAUUCUGUUUAUUCUUUCUAACAUGCUUCUGGUUUUAUGUAAAUUUCUUAUUAUUUUGAAUCGACUUGUUCAUUCGCUGAUGUUUUUAGCUUUAUCGAGUCAAAGUUCACAAUGGUAUCAAUACAGUUCAAUGUCAUUCAUGAAAUUUUAUAAGUUUUUCCGUUCUAGUACUCAGUUUUUUAGGGCAUAGCGUUGGGGGAAGAAAGUUAGGAUCAAAGAGUUAAGAUGUAUAUAAUAGGGGAAUUGGAUUAUAAGCAUGGUUCUUGGCAUGUGCAACGUCAUCGUCAUGGUAAUCAGUCCAGUGUUCCGCACAAAGACAGGGUUUGGGGUAGAGGUAGCGAACUAACCAUACCCGUAUCCCCUCGAGGGAAAGGGUAGGAGAAAUGCGCGCAACCAAAUAGAACCCCCAGGUAAUAAGAGCCCAGUAAAAUGAGAGAUGGCAUCAUGGCACGUGCCAUGUGUUUCCUAUAAUUUAGGGACCUCAAAUAAUAUUCAUUAUAUUAAUUUACAUUACUUUAUCUU